AUGCGUCCAUCGAUUCUUUCCCUGCUGGGGUAUGUGGCCUCAGCUCUCGCCGCAUGCCCCUAUGCCGGUCAGGCCAUUUUAGGCGCGGAUGACGGAAUGGCAGGCCCGCACGCACACCCCGUCCUCGGCCAGCCUGCUGCCGAUGACAAGAAGGGCGUGUUUUUGAUGAACCGGAUCGCUCCCGGAACUUCUGAGCUGUUCAUUGCCGAUGCCGAUGGAAAGAAUGAGCGGCCUCUGCUAUCCAACCCCGUCUACGAAUACCACGCCACCUUCUCCCCCGACGGAGAAUGGAUUCUCUUCACUAGCGAGCGCAACGGGGACGGCAACUCAGAUAUCUACCGCGUCCGCACCAACGGUUCCAAUCUCCAGGAGCUCGUGGCCACGCCUGCAGUGGAGGACUCGGUCGUGCUGUCUCCGGAUGGAAGCCAGGCCGCCUACGUGUCCACGCAGGGCCUCCUAGCCAACGUCUGGUUGCUCGACCUGAAAACCGGCAUGCAAACCAACCUGACCGGCACGAUCGCGCAGACUGCAAAUGCCAGCCAGCCCAACGGUUAUUUCCGCCCUUCCUGGUCCCCGGAUGGGCAGUGGAUCGCCUUCUCCUCGGACCGCAACACGAUAUGGGACGGUCACGGUCAGGAGACUUACCUGGGCAAGACCGGCUGGGAGCACACCCAGGAGCUUGCCAUCUAUGCAAUCCGGGCCGACGGGACUGGCUUUCGCCAGGUUGUCGCAAAGCAAGGCUAUUCUCUGGGUUCACCAAAAUGGUCUCCCGACGGCAAGCGAAUCGUCUUCUACGAGAUGACCCGAGAGACGACUUGGAGCGCGCACCGUCCCGAGUCCGUUGCAUCUGCCAGCUCCAGCGUGGUCUCCGUAGACUUCGCGACGGGCACUGACCGCAAGGUCGAAGCCGGGGGCUCCGGCAUCAAAAUAUCUCCGCAGUACCUCUCGCAGACCGACAUCGGCUACCUCCUCAAGGGUGGUUCCAGCGAGGGUCUCUACACCACCGGUGGUAUGUACGUGAACAGCCCUGAUAUAGUGCGCUCGCCCGCCUGGUCGCCCGAUGGCAAGAAGGUGGUCUACGAGAAGAUCAGCUGGGUGAUCCGCCCAAUGGAAAAGCCUCUCUACAGCUGGGACAGCGACUGGGAGUACCGCUUCACGGAUGUCUUCCCGCAGCUCUCCCUCCAGGACCGCCUCGCCAUCACUCAAAAACAACUGGGCAACUCAUCCAUCGUGACGAUGACCCCAUCGGCCCAGAAUCUCACCCUCGUCUACGACCCCCUUGACUCCGGACUAAUGAGCACGACCGCUGUCAAAGGGUGCCUCGCGGGUGCGUUCAUGCCCGCCUGGUCCCCAGACGGCGAAUGGCUUGUCUUUGGCGUGGGAUACUGGUUCCAGGCCCGCGCAGCUUCCGGCGGAUGGCUGGUGCGAGCCACCGCGAACGGGUCGUACUCAGAGGUCCUGACGGAGAGCAAAGCUACCCUUGACAGCCAGACCAUCAACUCGGGCUUCCCCAGCUUCUCGCACGACGGCAAGAAGAUCGUGUAUCGCGUGUGGGGCUCGGAGUCGACCAAGGGAGACAAAUCACAGCUCGGCCUGCGGGUGAUGGACCUGGAGACGAAGACUAUCACCGUUCUGACGACCGAAUGGGACAACCUGCCUUUCUUCUCGCCGGACGGCGAGCGCAUCGUGUUCACCCGCAAGACCAGCACGACCAACUACGAUGUCUGCACGAUCCGGCCGGACGGCACAGAUCUUCGCGUCCUGACGAGCAGCGGAGCCAACGACGCGCAUGCGGUGUGGUCGCGCGACGGCCGUAUUGUCUACUCGACGGGCGAAUACGGGUUCCAGGACGAGUGUGCCCUGUACGAUAACACCUUCCAGCCGUACGGGCAGAUCAAUAUCAUGGAUGCGGAUGGGUCGAAUAAGCGGGCCCUGACCAAUUCCCUGUGGGAGGAUUCGAUGCCUCUUUACCUGGCCAACAGCGUGUUCGCUUGA